CAGGCUGCACUACCUACCCAGUAGGAAAAGGUGGGAGCAGGAGGAAGCAGGCUACGUGCAUAAAGAGGCUUGCUUGCUAAGAAGUUGGUUGUAACAACAAGGUGACAGGUUGACAGCCCUGUAUUGCAGGUAUCGGAAGUCUAGCCACUGGCAUGCCUUACAGAAGUAUCAUGAGCACAGAACGUGAGUGCAGAUGAGUGGAGAUGGGUGGAGAUGGGUGGAUAAGGGUGCGCGUGUAAAUGGGUGUAGACGGGUGUAGAUGGGGGAUAUGUAAAGACGAGGGGAGAUGGGGAAGAUGAGGGGAGAUGAAGAGAGGGUGGGGGAGGUGAGGAGAGAUGAAGUGGGGUGAGGGGAGUUGACGGGAGAUGAGGGGAGAUGAGGAAGACGAAGUAAGAUGCGGGGGAUGGGGGGAGACGAGGAUCGAAGGGGGAAGAUGGGGGGAGAAGUGAAGGACGCCAGUGGUAUGCGUGAAGUGAAGGACGUGUAAGAAAGAACCCGUGGCACAGGAUGGAGAAGCAUGCAAACGGAGCAGCACACCACGCAGCACGAUAAGCACAUUCCGCGCACUGGAGAGAGCAUUCAACGCACGUUGGACACUUAGCAGCAGCAGCACACACUCGUCAGCGACGACGGCAACGGCAACGGCAACAGCAACGGCAACGGCAACAGCAACGGCAACGGCAACGGCAAUGGCAACGGCAGCACCAGCACCUCGCGUUUUCCCUCAUCCAGUCUCCUUUCCUCCAUCCGUCAGUCCAUCCCCGAGUCAUCAUCCGGCUGUCUCGCCGCCAUGUCCUCGGCUCUCUGUGCAUCCCCCACCUUCCUCCUCACCCUCCCCUUCACUUUCCUCCUCACCCUCCCCUUCACUUUUGAGUCGACUCAAAAGAAGAGCGCCCAGUCAGUCAAUCCCCGAGUCAUCAUCGGACUGUCUCGCUGCCAUGUCCUCGGAUCUCCUCGCAUCCCCCACUUUCCUCCUCACCCUCCCCUUCACUUUCCUCCUCUGCCCCUCCACACUAUCCUCCUCGUCUGGAGAGUAUCCCCCCACCUCCUCCCCUGCUACACUCGCCCCUCCCUCCCUCUCAGACCCCCCCUCUUCCCCCCCGCUGUGCCUCCCUGCACCUGCCCCCCCCCCCGCAUUGGAACCACCUUCCCUGUCUCGCUGCAGUGCCCCCGACGUUCCUUCCCGUGCUUCCCCCAGCAUUCCUCCCUGCACUACCCCCUACAGACUUGGCUGCUGCUGCUGCUGCUGCUGCUCCUGCACCUGUCUCCGCGUCCGUUGCAGCAGCAGCAGCAGCAGCAGCAGCAGCAGCAGCAGCGGCGGCUUCCCCGGACCUGCUCUGCCAGUCCGGCGCCAUCCAGAGCUCCCGGCGCGAGCUCGGAGCUCCGGGAUAGUCGCUGUCCGAGCCUGAGGUGUAGGUUCGGUCGUCCGCAGCAAAGGCGGCGUCUCUCCAGGCGGCAGCGGAGAGCCCCCCUGGGCCGACGCUGCUAUCUUCCCUACUAUCCUCCUUACUGCCCUCCCUGCUGCCUACCGAUGCUGUCCCAUCCUCUGCCGCUGCCGACGAACUAUCCCCAUCGCCAUGCCCAUGCCCAUGCCCAUCCUUAACGCCAUCUCCAACUCCAGCCGCCAUUCCCACCAGAAUUGCUGCUGGAUUCUGGCCCAUGGGGUUAUGUACGGGCGGUGGUUGAACCCCCAUGCCAUGCGAUGCGUUAUGGAGCGAGAGAGAGGUGUUGGUACGCCCAUUACUCCCAGCACUCACACAUGCAGCAACACCGCUGCUGCCAGCAGCACCAGAAGCAGCAGCGGCAGCAGCGACAGCAGCAGCAGCAGCAGCGGCGCCACCGCCCGCUUCCCCGCCCGCCUGCGCCGCAUGCGCGACCCCUUCCCCUGCGCCUACGUGGCGCCAGCGCGGGCUGCGGUUGGCGGGCGCGCGGAAACCGCCGUUCGCAUGCGCCAUUGCGCGCGUGUGUACUUGCGCUAGUGGCUGCACGGACGCGCGGGAUUGCGCGUGCGAAUGCCCGUGCCCGUGCGCGUGCCCCGCAACACCCGCCACUGUUGCGCCUGCCUCCACCUCAACCCCUACCCCAUUCCCCACGGUUUCCGCCCCCCCUCCCGCACUCCCCCCGGCCCCUGCUCCGCCGUCCUCCCGCUCCUCCUCCGCAAUCCGCCGCAUUCCUACUCCUCCUGCUCCCGCGUUCCCCCCCUGCUCCCGGCGGGCCGCCAUCCGCAUCGAGCGCGUGCGCGAGGACCCGCCAUGCCGCGCGGACGACGUCUGCGACGCAUGCGACACUUGCGACGACUGUGACGACGAUUGUGCGGAUCCCGCGGAGGCUGCCUCGCCGCCCGCAGCUACGGCCGCUAUAGCCGCUGCCGCCGCGGAUUCCGCGUCCAGGCGUCCGCCGCGCCCGCUGGGCCCCGCGGCGGCGGGGAAGCUUGCGCCGCCUGCGCCGCGCUUGUAGUGCGCGGACGCAAAGUGUCCCCCGCGCUUCCCCCAGGGGCCCGCUCCCGCCUUCACGUCCGCCUCGUCGGAUGCGAAGCCGUCGGAGUAGGAGUAGGAGUGGGAGUGGCCCAUCCGGGCGGACGACGAACACGGCGACGCGGGCUCCGAGUCGCCAUCGUCGUCGUCGUCGUUGCCAUGGUGUGCGACGUGGUGUGCGACGUCGCCCGUUACAUCUCUCGCAGGACUACCCUCUCCUCCUCCGUUCGUCGCUUUCUCCUUGUCGUUGAUUCCGUUGACCGCCAUGGGUUCCGAGAGACCGUGGUUGGGGGGGGAGCUGCUACCCCGCGAGCUGAUGGCGAGUCCUGCGACAGCGGUGGCGACGGUAGUCGUCACCAGCGCGUCGUCAACGCUCUGCGACUCCGUGCUCGACGACAUGUCCGGUAAAUGGUCACCUCGCGGACGGAUGGGCACGGGACGGUAGAGAGAUGGGAAAGAUGAAGGGGAGGCGACGACGAGGUGGAAACAGGCUUGCUAGGUCGAAGUCGUUUCAAGGCGCCUCAAAAAUCGGUGGAGAGAUGGAGAAGAUGAAGGGGAGACGACGACAAGGUGGAAAAACAGGUCUGCUAGGUCGGAGGACAAUGGGACACUGGGCUGGAGUAGCGGUUUGAAUGGAUACGCUCGAAACGUUUGACGGGGGUGGUUUCUUCACGGGUUCGCGGUUUAAACUGAUGGGCUUGCUCUCACAUAAGGAAAGAUUCCGAGCGACGCGAAGGCUCUGAGUCUAGAGAGGGCGACGAACUACUGCAUCGCUAGAGAAAAGCACACUCUAGAGGACACGAUCGAGUAGAGGGUUGGUAUGGUAUGGUAUGGUAUGCCCACUUCCCAGUCAACAUAGAGUACAAGAUACCUCUCUGGGAGAAAGCGAUAUCAGUGAAUUCCCACAGAAAGCACAGAGCAGAACCACAGAAAGUGCAGGCAGAGUUCAGGACAUUUCCCCCAGGGUUAGAGGGUCAGGGUGGGAAUUUGGAAAACCCUGGGAAUAUCUUUCCAGUACUGGCAGACUUCAGGAAUUUUUUCCUGCCAGGGUUUCAGUUCAACACAAAAGUCGGCUUGCCGAGGAAAAUGCGACACUGAAGGAUGUAAGGAUUCGUACCAUAACG